AUGACUGGCGGCAAGUCUGGCGGCAAGGCCACUGGCACCAAGAGCAGCGCUCAGAGCCGUUCCUCCAAGGCCGGUCUCGCCUUCCCCGUUGGUCGUGUCCACCGUCUCCUCCGCAAGGGCAACUACGCCCAGCGUGUCGGUGCUGGUGCUCCCGUCUACCUCGCUGCCGUUCUUGAGUACCUGGCUGCCGAAAUCCUCGAGUUGGCUGGCAACGCCGCUCGUGACAACAAGAAGACCCGUAUCAUCCCUCGUCACCUUCAGCUCGCCAUCCGCAACGAUGAGGAGUUGAACAAGCUUCUCGGACACGUCACCAUUGCCCAGGGUGGUGUUCUCCCCAACAUUCACCAGAACCUUCUUCCCAAGAAGACCGCUGCCCCCAAGGCUACCGGUGGUCCCAGCCAGGAGCUGUAA